AUGUUGGCCACUCUACCCGCUCAGCCAAACCCUAUCCCGUUGGCCAAAUCGGCCGACAACACCAGCCAUGGGGUUCUGGUAGAAGGGACCCCGGCCGAGCCACGCACAAUAGAUGAGUUUGUCCGGCAAAGGGCCUCUCUGGAUGAGUCUCAACAGCCGAUCAUCUCUUACCCCAAGACGGGCAUUGAAUAUGUCGACUAUUCCAUGCACCAGCUCGAUAUAUUCGCUUUCCGAGCAGCCCAGCACCUGGCAAAGCACAUCCCUCCACGCACGUCUUCAUCAGAAACACCUGCGGUGAUUGGACUCCUCGGACUAUCAGAUCUCAACUACCUCGUGACAGUUCUGGCCCUGGCCAAGCUCGGUCACACAGGACUACUACUCUCGACGCGCAUCUCCAUCGAGGCCUACCUCUCCCUCCUGGAGAAUACUAAGUCCUCCAAUAUCAUCACUCAGCCGAGUCUUCGUGGUACAGCCGAGGAGCUGCAGAAACACCGCCCCCAUCUUCAGAUCGACGAGAUCCCCUCGCAAGAUGUUUACAACCAUCCCAUCGUCGACCAGGUCGACACAAAUCUCACUCCGCACCUAGACCCUGAACUGGAGUCCAAAUAUAUUGCAUGGAUCAUUCACUCCAGUGGUUCGACGGGUCUGCCCAAGCCGAUCUUUCAUACCCACUUCGCGGCUCUGAAGAACUACGUCGGGAGCAUGAAUAUGAACGGGUUUAUCACUCUGCCGCUGUAUCAUAAUCAUGGCAUGAGCGUCUUGUUUCGCACGAUCUACUCUUGCAAGAAGCUGCAUCUUUAUAAUGCUGAGCUGCCGCUCACCAAACGGUAUUUGAUCGACAUUAUGAGAUCGCACGACUUUGAGAUUUUCUACGGAGUGCCCUACGCUUUGAAGUUGCUAGCAGAGACCCAGGAAGGGGUUGACGUCUUGCUUAAAUUCAAAGCUGUCAUGUUCGGGGGCUCAGCGUGCCCUGACUCACUGGGUGAUCGGCUGGUCAAUAACGGUGUCCAUUUGAUCGGCCACUAUGGGUCAACCGAAACCGGUCAGCUCAUGAUGUCAACGAGACCUCGAGAUGACAAAGGCUGGGACUGGCUGCGGCCCACAGACACCGUGAAGAAAUAUUUACAGUUCGAGGAACGGAGCCCCGGCCUCUAUGAGCUGCUCUGUCUCGAUGGAUGGCCGUCCAAGGUGAUAUCCAAUCGACCGGAUGGCUCCUAUGCCACCAAGGAUCUCUUCAUUAAGCAUCCGACUGUGGAGGCCUACAAGUACUACGCGCGACUCGAUGACACUAUCGUCCUUCUGAACGGGGAGAAGGUCAACCCGCUAGACCUGGAAGGAAGUGUCCGGCAGCACGACGCCGUCUCCGAGGCUAUUGUUUUCGGUGCUGGAAAGGCCUGCAUUGGGCUAGCAGUCAUCCGUUCUCCUGCCGCGGAGAGUCACACUGACGAGGCGCUCCUUGAUAAUAUCUGGCCGGCCGUGGAACAGGCUCAUGAAGUACUGCCCGCCUUUGGACAGCUUUCCCGGUGUAUGGUGAAGAUACUUCCUGCAGCCACGCAGUACCCUCGCACAGAUAAGGGGACUGUCAUCAGACAGGCUUUCUACCGAGAGUUCCGUGAUCUUAUCGAAGAGGCGUAUGAGGCAGCAGAGGCUGUUACUGGGUCUCUCAACUUGUCGGAAGACGAGAUGAAGGUGUUCCUGCGCGAGAAUCUCCGGAAGAUGUUGCCCCUCAAAGAUCCGUCUGCUUUAACGGAUAAUGCGGACUUUUUUUGCCUGGGGAUGGACUCACUACAUGCUACACAGCUCCGGUCUCUGUUGGUGAAGAACAUCAAUACGAACGGGCAGAAACUUGGAUUGAACGUCGCUUUUGAGCACCCUUCGAUCAAUAAGCUCGCUCGUCACCUAUGCUCCUUGGCAUGUGGUGUCACCGAUGGGGCUUAUGCCGUGGAGGACCAGAUGCAGGCGCUUAUAGACAAGUACAGCCAGUUUGAAACGCACCGGCCCAUGGCGAACGGUCUGGGCGGCAAAUGUAUUGUUCUCACCGGUGCCACCGGUUCUCUCGGUAGCCACAUUGCUGCGCAGCUCUCAUCGCACGAAGAGGUCCGGAAGGUCUACUGUCUUGUGCGAGCUGCUUCCACCAUCGAAGCCUACGAUCGGCUGCUUGAUUCCAUGCGGACCCGCCGCGUGUACGAUAGUAUUUCCUCCUCGGCGCGCAAUAAACUGAUCCCUCUCCCGUCCGACUUGUCGCAGCCCACACUAGGGCUAGACGCCUCAACGUACAACACCCUCGCUUCAGAAAUCACGGAUAUCGUCCAUAGCGCCUGGUCCGUGAACUUCAACCUGCACCUCAGCAGUUUUGAGCGCGACAGCAUCGCAGGACUCAAGCACCUACUCGAUCUAAGUCUCAAAGCGCAGCGUUCAGCCCCGGCCUCGUUCAACUUCUGCUCGUCCAUCAGCGCCGUCGCGCACACAGCCACCUAUACCGUCCCCGAGACGCUCCCAGCGAAGCUAAGCUACGCCCAAGACAUGGGCUACGCACAGGCCAAGCUGGUCGGCGAGCACCUGUGCAUGCGAGCCGCCGCACAGACGGGGGUAGCCGCACGCGUGCUGCGCAUUGGUCAAGUCAUCGGCGACACGCAGCACGGCAUCUGGAAUGCCACCGAGGCCAUCCCACUAAUGCUGCAAUGCGCCACAACUAUCGGUGUAUUGCCCCGGCUCGACGAGUCGCUGCUGUGGCUUCCGGUCGAUUUGGUCGCCGGCACCAUCAUCGACCUCUCCCUCUCGUCAACGGUUAUCUCCGGCGCCGAUCCUGCGGCGAGUCUCAUCUUCAAUGUUGUUAGCCAGCAUCCUUUCCACUGGACCCGCGACUUGCUCCCGUAUUUGCGUGCGGCCGGGUUGCAGUUUGAGGAACUUGAUCAGCGCGAGUGGUUGCGGCGGCUGCGCUCGUCAAAUCCUGACCCUGCGACCAACCCGCCAAUUAAACUGGUUGAUUUCUUUGCUGGUAAGUAUGACUCAGAUUUGCCGAGGAAGAGCUUCACAUGGCAGACAGAAAAGGCGCGCUCUUCGUCUACUCUGGCAAAUGCUCUACCACUGGACCAGGGCCUUGUGGAGAAGCUGGUGCGGUAUUUCCGGCAAGAAUGUUGGUGA